CCGUCGGUUUGGCUCGCCGCCCUCUUCGCCCGUGAAUCGAAUCCACUCCAACUCCUCCGUAUCGCCGCCUGCGCCGGCACCCGAUUUAUCAUCCUUCUCCUUCUCCUCCUUUUCCUUAUUCCCCGCCUGUGGUAAGCUUCCUUUUCUCCUAUCCCGGCGCUUUUUUCGAUCGCUCUGUCUAGGAAAAGAAAACCCUAAAUCGGAAGUCAAUCCAAGAACGGACGGGACCGGUGAAACGAGUCCUCCGGAUCUUCCUAGUAGGUUGUAUCGUCAUUUGCAUUGCUGAAGGGAUUGUUCGUUUACUUUGUGGAGUAGGAAGUUUUCAGUUGACUAUAAGAGGAAUGGAAAUACAAACUUCUGACAGACCUAUUGAUACUUUGCUGGAGAAGGUUCUUUCCAUGAACAUUCUUUCUUCUGAUUAUUUCAAAGAGCUUUACAGAUUGAAGACGUACCAUGAAGUUAUUGAUGAGAUCUAUAACCAAGUCGAUCAUGUCGAACCAUGGAUGACUGGAAAUUGCAGAGGUCCUUCCACGGCAUUUUGUCUACUUUAUAAGUUCUUUACAAUGAAACUCACUGUCAAGCAAAUGCAUGGGCUUCUGAAGCAUCCUGAUUCGCCUUAUAUAAGAGCUAUUGGCUUUCUCUAUCUGCGUUAUGUUGCAGAUCCAAAGACAUUAUGGACUUGGUUUGAACCAUACAUUAAGGAUGGCGAGGAAAUUUCUCCUGGUUCUAAUGGUCGCCUUACAACAAUGGGAAUAUAUGUGCGUGAUCUUCUUCUUGGGCAGUACUACUUUGACACCCUUUUUCCACGUAUUCCCAUCCCCGUCAUGCGCCAAAUUGUUGCCAACCUGGAGAAACUGAAGCUCCCUACCAAGCAUUGUGGUGUGACUGGAGAAACUAGUCGGCAGGGUUCAGAUGAUGUUGCCCGUCGCCCUCCUUCGGUAAAAGCUGCUUUGUCAGUUUCUUUUGGUCAGCGUGCUCCACACCGGGCAUCCACCAGGGAUUCUUCACCUGUCAGAAGGACCUUAGCUCCCCUACAUGAAAGGAGUGAUGGUGAUGACCAUUGGAGAUCAUCUCCAAGCACUCGUCGCAGUAGCAGCCAUGAACGACCUGAUCGUGAUUGUUCAGAUCGUGACCAUGACCGAGACCGUUCAGAACGUGACCGGGUUACGGAUCGGGAUCGAAGGCAUAAACAUGACCGGUGUGGUGAUCGUGACAGAGACUCACUCAGAUCCAGGAACUCGGAUAGGGAUUACGGGAGAAGAGACCGUGAAAGGAGCAGGCGAGACAGUGAUGAGUACAGACGAUCCAGCUCCCGACGAAGCAGAAGCAGGAGCAGGAGCCAGAGCCGGAGCAUGCAUAUCCAUGGUGCAGAUUCUGACAAUCGUCCUAGUCCAUUCAGAGAUGAAAAUAUAGAAAAGACAAAGACUGCUUCAAGCAAUCUGGCAAAGUUGAAAGAUUUAUAUGGUGAUGGAAGUGACAAGAAGAGUGAUGAAACUGCUGAUAGGCUGCGGAAAGGUACCAGCACUGAAGACGUUAUCAGAUUGGGGGGAUCUACAUGGAAAUGAAGCCGAAAUGAGUUGUCCUUGUAGUGAUGUGAUUUUGUAACGUCAACUUUAUCAUAUUGGCUCAGUGGCCUUGCUAUGAUCUGUAACUUUGAUGCGUCAGAUCCAUGAUUUCAAGUUGGAACUAGUUGCAGGUUAGAUCAUUUUCUCUUGUGCUAUCUACUUGUAUAAAUACUGGAAAAUCCUACAGGCAUGAUUUAAGAAAUGUAUGAUGAUUUCAGUUUCAAAUUUA